AUGAUUGGCACGGCCUCAGCACGGGCCCAGCCAACCCGGGACGGCCGAGAUGGCAAGGUGUCAAAGCAAUGGAAGACUGCGCGGUCGGAUCAGCCUUCCCCGUUGGGAAGUUCAGGACCUUCCUGCGUCUAUCAGAAUCUUCGUUGUUGGGUGCUGUGCCGACUGCCGCCGUCACUUAUUAAUUCUCCACCAAAAGACCAAGCAAGGGGGAAGGUAACCGAAGAUGCAAUUGUAUCGACCGACUACUGCGCUUCUCGUUGCAGUGAUCGCCACGUCUGGCCAGCACGUCGUCGCGGACGAGUACGCUCUGGGGAGCUCCUUCUCCGUCACAGUCGAUGCUGGCACAACGUCGGUCGAGGUGGUCAACUCUGCUGGAGACCACCUCAGAACCUCAGCAUCGGCCAAGUAUCUUCCAGCUCUGAUCGUGUGGACAUCGCUGGAUCAUUCGGUGGUUCCAACUGGACGUGGACGUUCGUGGCCGGAGGCGACGUCGCCAACGUCUACCUCGCCUACGAGUCUCCCCCUGAAGAAGCCUUCUUCGGACUGGGGGAGCAGACUGGAAUCGGCAAUCUUCGCGGUUGGCGCGUGCCCAUCUGGACUCGCGAAGGUGGGGCUGGCCGAGGUGAAGAGCCGAUCACCUCCGUCCUCAACGCGAAUCCUGCUGCUGCCGGCACCUUUGCCGGUGGAUCGUUGCUGACCACGUACACGGCGAUAGCAUCUCUGACGUCGUCGUUGGGACGCUGGAUUGUGCUCGAUGGCGCCAACUACGCGCUGUUUGACCUUGCGAGCAACGCUACGUCCUCUUUCGAAGAUACUGCGGAGAGCUACUUGGCGGGCGACAUCGUCGAGGGUGACCACUCGAACUCGUCGUCCACGACUGUGGAGAUCCAGUACGAAGGCAAUUCGAUCAGCGGCUGGCUCGGUCGGGCCACUGAUGGGAAUCCGUUGCUUGAAGCUACCGGUGCAUUGACGAAGAUCACGGGCCGACAGCCGGAAUUGCCCGCCUGGGUCAAUGACGGAGCCAUCCUGGGCAUUCAAGGCGGACAAGACUUUGUCGAGGAGGUCAUUCAAGACGCACUGAAUGCGGGCUUGCCUUUGGCGAGCGUCUGGCUGCAGGAUUGGUCGGGGACGCGACUCCAAGCAGGAUCUUAUGGCAUCUACGUCCACCGUUUGUGGUGGAACUGGGAGCCCGAUACGACGCUGUACCCGUCCUGGGCCGAGUGGGUGCCCUACCUCCGCGACGAAUACAACGUGCGCACCUUGAGCUACGUCAACACCUUCCUGGCCAACGUCAGCACCAAGAGCACGGGCUACAACACCAGCUUCUACGACAUCGCUAAGGGUGAGGGCCGAUUCGUCGCGAAUUCCUCUACCGAGAGUGAUGGUGACAGCGUGUGGACCAUCACGAGUGGAGUCGGCAUCGACGCUGGGAUUCUAGACCUGUCGAACCAGUCGACGAUUAAUUGGUUCAAGGACCUCGUGAAGCAGCAGUACUAUUCCGUGCCGAUCUCGGGGAUGAUGCAGGACUUCGGUGAAUAUCUCGCAGUGGACGACUCAGUCACUCUUUCGCACGGCACGGUGAGCCCGCGCCAGUUCCAUAAUGCCUACCCCACAGUUUGGGCAACCUUGUUACGCGAAAACAUCGACGAGUCUCGAGAGGACGGCCUGCGUGCUGCGGUGAGCAGUGCACUCCACGUCGGGGCCUCAGGCUUCGCCCACACGCACUCGGACGUCGGCGGAUACACCAACAUCCUGUCUUCCAUCGGCAACUUCACGCGCAGCGCGGCACUUUUGGGUCGUUGGGGAGAGCUCAGCGCCCUCAGCGAUGCUGUGUUCCGGACGCAUGAGGGCAAUAUCCCGCAGGUCAACGCGCAGGCGUACACGAACGCCUCGACGCUGGCGUAUCACGCGUACAACACGCGUUUGUUCCGCAGUCUCAAGAAGUAUCGGUUGGCGCUGCAGACCGAGUAUCAAACUCGUGGUUGGCCGGUACUCCGACACCCGAUUGUGUACUCUCCGAGCCAUUCGGUCGCACGUACCAUCAUCGACGAGAGCUUCUGGGUGGGCGAGGCACUGUAUGUGGCCCCUGUCUAUGAUGUGAGAGCCUCCUCGCUUGAGGUGUAUCUCCCGCCACUUGAGAUCGACAGUGAAGGCGGCAAACUCAACGCUACGAGUGUCGUGUACAAGCAUCUCUGGAGCGGAGAGGAAUUUCAAGCAGGUCAAACUGUCACAGUUGACUCGCCAUGGGGACAGCCCGGUGUUUUCGUACGCUGGCCCGUCACGAAGGACGAGGAAGCUCAGCUCCAGGGUUUGUGGGAAUUUGUUGAAGCAGAGAAGUCGACGGUGCUGACGGCCUGA